AUAUAAAUUCGCUUGUUACAAAAAACAAUGUAAUCAGUCAACUGAGCUACAAAAUAUGAAGCAGUUUUAUUCACUGCUCUUGACCCUAAUCUUCUUGGGUCAAUCAUUACAAGCCAAAGUCAGCUACAAAAAUUACAAAGUCUACAAAAUUAAUCCCAAAGAUGACAUUGCACUGAAAACUUUUCAAGAACUUGAAGAUGCAGCUACAGAUUACUCCCCUUACCAAUUCUGGCAAGGCCCCAUAAGAAUUAAUCAAGAAAUUACUUUGAUGGUAGCUCCCCAAAUGCAGAAGCACAUUGAAGAUGUUUUGAGUGAAUUAAAUGUAGAUCAACGGGUGAUGAUUGAAGAUCUACAAGAGAGAAUCGAUUUGGAAAAUCCUUUAGCCAGAACCGACGCACCCAAUCCGGUUAAUUGGCUAGUCUAUAACACUUAUGACGAAAUCAAUUCCUGGCUGGAAAGUCUUGCAAUUGAAUUUCCAGAGUUUGUCACAAUACUCAAACCUGGAAAAACGCACGAGGGUAGAGAUAUUGUCGGUAUUAAGCUGGAUUUCAGCCCUACAGUUGAAAAGCAAGUGGUUUUUAUGGAAUCCAAUAUUCACGCCAGAGAAUGGAUUACCUCAGCAGUUAAUACGUACAUUUUGGAUCAAUUUUUGAGGAGCCAAGAAACUGACGUUAGAGCAUUGGCUCAAAAAUAUACAUGGUACUUUUUCCCUUUGAUGAAUCCAGAUGGAUUUGUGUAUUCUCAUACUCAUAAUCGGAUGUGGCGUAAAACUCGUACUCGUUAUAACAUAUUUUGCUGGGGUGCAGACCCUAAUCGUAAUUGGGGUUAUCAAUGGAUGAACGGAGGGGCUUCACAGAAUCCAUGCUCAGACACUUACGCGGGUCCGCGUCCGUUUUCUGAGCCUUCUGUUGCCAUUAUGAGAGAUUUUAUCGCAAAUAUCACUCAUAAUAUGAUUGCUUAUGUGGAUUUCCAUUCUUUUUCGCAAAUGUUGCUGUUGCCUUUUGGACACACCACAGAUCCAUUACAGAAUUAUGAAGAAAUGAAUGAAAUAGCUGGAAUAGCUAUGGAAAAACUAAGACAAGUGUACGGAACUGAGUAUGUUCAUGGAAAUGUUGCGGAAACUAUUUAUAUCGCCACGGGAAGUAGCAUGGAUUGGGUAAAAGGUAUCUAUGAAGUUCCAAUAGCUGUCACUUACGAAUUAAGGGACAGAGGAGAGUACGGAUUCGAUUUGCCGGCAGAUCAAAUUUUAUCAUGCGCCAAAGAGACUUUGGUGUCUGUUGUCUCCAUUUUUGAAGAGUACGCAAAACGCCAUCCAGGUUGGUCAAAGAAAUCAGUUCUCAAAAGAUUCAUGGGGCAAUGCGCUUCAAACAAAGCUAAAGGAAAUCUUAGCGUCAAGAAAAUUUUAACCCAGAAAAAAUUAAAGAAGAAAAAAAUGGAGAAAAACAAACCAAAGGAUUCCGAAGACAACAAAUCUCAUCCGAUGGAGGAGAAAAAACCUCAAAAAUACACCAAAGGGACGGCGAUGUCUUUCGGAUUCAAACGACGUCCUACGCCUAUGAUUACUAGCACGAGUACAGUGGCUUGGGAAUCAAAACCAGAUUCAAAUGGCAACAAGGACGAUUUACCAAUAAGUCGACCCAAUUCCACCAAAACCCCGAUGCACAAAACGACGCCAACGUCUUCCCAAAAGCACAUUUCCAGUAUUACACCUAAACCAUCCAGGUUUAAUUUCUCACAAACCAACUCAGAACGAACAAAUAAGGUGGCCGAUAUCAAAAACACUCCAUUACAAUUGAGUGCAACACCAAAUAAAACUGGAAAUAAACCCCAACUGCAAAAUCCGAAUAAUUUGGAUUUGAACCAACCGUGUACUCGAAAUGUGACUAUUAUAACAAGAACCCAAGUCACAGAAACAUCUCGAGCUAGUAAUGACGUACAAACUGGAAAAUUCAUGUUCCAAACUACACGGUUGCCGCAGCCGGAACCAAUCAGAGUGAUUGAAACUAAGACAGCAAAAACUAUAGCCAAUAACAAUAGACGAUCUGCGAGGAUGUGGAGGCAAUAUGAAGAGGCUAGUGCUGCUUACGAGGAUUGUAAUGCUAGUGGGGGAGUAGUAGAAAAUAGGCAGGAUUGUAACAGGUUCGCUUUUCUGGAAAACAGUGACAGUUUUAGUGAUGCUUGUACUCCACCACCUUUGCCAGAGUUGCCAUCGGUGUUUGAUAUUGAAAAGCAAGAUAAUGAUAACAAGGAGGAAAUUAACAGCCCAUACAAUAGAUCCAAGAAGAGCUUCCUCAAUUCCAGCCCUAAAGCUUUCCUCAAAAAUAGACAUAGGGAGAUGCUGGAUAGUCCACAAAGUUCUAGCGACCAGGAAUGGUUAUAUGGUGGUGAAGCAAUGGCAGACGACCUAAGUCUAAGUUCAAGCCCUAAAAUCAAAUCGCAACCAGAACAUUCAAAAUCAACCAAAACCAAAUCUGGAAGUAUAGCAGAUUCUUUACUGGAAACUGUACUCAAGCCUGCAAAGUCUCUAGAAAUGAUUGAUAGCUUAAAGUCGAGCAUGAAUUUGUCUUUGUGCGACGAAGAUGCGAAUUUCAGCGCUUUGGUCACAAACAACAACACCGUUGCAUUACUGGACGAUGAAAUCCUGUCACCAGUAGAAAGCCUUCUAAGCUCUUCGGAAACAGAAGAAAUAGCCAAAAAGAAAAAUAAUUCCUCAUCAAACUCAAAAGAUGUUAACGAAAAACUCACUCCACCAGGAUCACCCAGCAACACCACUUCGCUAUCGCUUUCAGACGACAAAGAAGACUUUCUUAUUGACGACGAAAUCGCCGACCAACCAGAAUUGUUAUUCGAAGAAGGGAACAACCAUCACGAUUCCGGUUCAAUUUCCCAAAGGCAAACAUCUUAUGCUUCAGAUUUUAGUCCUUUACCAUCAAAGAAGCAAAUGCGUGGUAGUUUCGACAGCUUAUCGCCCUGCGACAGCAUCGGCAGUGAAGAUCUAAUGUGCGACUAUGACGUAAGUCAGAGUAAUGAUGUGGAUAUUUGGGACAGAGAAUCUGGAUCUUAUACAUCUUUGGAAAGUACUCCCAAAAACAAGUUUAGACUGGACGAUUCGCCUUUUAACAACAAAAAGUUUUUCAAAAACUUGACACCCAAAAACACAAACUCGCCCAGCUCCUUAAAACUGAGCUACAAAUCCUCUUCAUCAGAGCACAGGAGCCCUAAAAGAAGCCCAUUUGGUUAUCAAUCGAUGACGUACGAUUCUUCUUCAGAAUCUCUAGCUCUAACCAAGGCCAAUCAUGCAGCCAUGCAACAUGAUAUUAUUGGAAUCAGGACGAUGUUGUUAACGUUGAAACGAGUUUUGAAUGAUUCUGAAGAAUCUUUCAGCUACACUACAAUCAACAAUAAUAAUAAUAACAAUAACGAGUUUAAGUUGGAAUUGGCUGAUCUUAGAAGGCAGGUCAUAUUUUUGCAGGGCCAAUUGGAAGACAAAGAAAAAACAGUAACUCAUUUACAAAGACAAAUUGGCGAUUUGGCAAUUCAAAAUACUCACAGCAAUGCUCCUGCAUUACCAAUAGAUAUUCAAAAUAGGUGUAAUGCAGCUACUCAAACUGAAAGAGCUAGACCUGUUUCAGGGGGAAUGUUUUCUCUAACAACAACCCCUAUAGACGACAACAACCCAAUACUCAGGUAA